GAAAAACCACACAAAAAAAUCAAGUAUUUGUGGAACUCUCAUCUUCACAUAGUUGAAUUUUUAUAUAUAAUUAUACAAAAUUCAGUUUCAUCUUUCUAUCUUCAUUACAAGAGGAUUCUGUGUAAACUCAUUCCUCAGCUACAGAACUGUAAGGGUGAUACAGAGUUUGUAUGAGUUCAACAAUGUCGUCUAUCACUAAUCCUUUGCUCUCUUCUAACUUCUUGGGCACUAAAAUCCCAACUCCAAAAACCACUAAGCCAGCACCAAUCCCUUUCUCUCUUUUCUCAAAAAGAAAGUUUUUCAUCACUGAAAACCGCCUCAGCAAAGAGCCCAAAUCCAAAUCCUUGAAUUCCAUACCAUCCAAAGCUACCUUAGCUGCCCUUCUCUUCUCUUCGCUCGCUCCACAAGCCUUGGCCAUAGACAACGUCAACCCUCCCCCAACGCCUCCGCCUGUAAUCGAAGCCCAACCCAGUCAAUCAGAAUCUUCGCCCUUUUCUCAGAACCUUCUCCUCACAGCUCCAAAACCCCAGUCCCGUAACGUUUCUGACCUCCCAGAAGGUGGGCAAUGGCGUUACAGCGAGUUCUUGAACGCCGUCAAAAAGGGUAAGGUCGAGAGGGUCAGGUUCAGCAAGGACGGUUCUGCCCUUCAACUCACCGCCGUCGAUGGCCGCCGAGCUUCGGUGAUUGUCCCCAACGACCCUGACCUUAUUGACAUCUUGGCCAUGAACGGAGUUGAUAUAUCGGUCUCCGAGGGCGAUUCGGGUAAUGGGUUGUUUAGUUUCAUUGGUAAUUUGAUUUUUCCAUUCAUUGCCUUUGCUGGGUUGUUCUUCCUUUUCCGUCGAGCUCAGGGCGGUCCCGGUGGCCCUGGAGGACUCGGUGGGCCUAUGGAUUUUGGAAGAUCUAAAUCCAAAUUCCAAGAGGUUCCCGAGACUGGUGUUACUUUUUCUGAUGUUGCUGGAGCAGACCAAGCAAAACUUGAAUUGCAAGAGGUGGUUGAUUUCUUGAAGAACCCAGAUAAGUACACUGCACUUGGAGCUAAGAUCCCAAAGGGGUGUCUUCUUGUUGGACCACCUGGUACUGGAAAGACCCUUUUGGCUCGAGCAGUGGCUGGUGAAGCUGGCGUGCCGUUUUUCUCUUGUGCAGCUUCAGAGUUUGUGGAAUUGUUUGUGGGAGUUGGUGCGUCUAGAGUCCGGGAUUUGUUUGAGAAGGCCAAGUCAAAAGCACCCUGCAUUGUGUUUAUAGAUGAAAUUGAUGCAGUUGGGAGACAAAGAGGGGCUGGUCUUGGAGGUGGGAAUGAUGAGAGAGAGCAGACUAUUAACCAGCUAUUGACAGAGAUGGAUGGGUUUUCAGGCAAUUCGGGUGUGAUAGUGUUGGCUGCCACUAACAGGCCUGAUGUUCUUGACUCGGCAUUGUUGAGGCCUGGGAGGUUCGACCGACAGGUUACUGUGGACAGGCCCGACGUUGCUGGUAGAGUGAAGAUCCUGCAGGUGCACUCAAGAGGAAAGGCACUUGGAAAGGAUGUGGACUUUGAGAAAAUUGCAAGGAGAACACCAGGUUUCACUGGAGCAGAUUUGCAGAACCUGAUGAACGAAGCUGCCAUUCUUGCUGCCAGGCGUGACCUGAAAGAAAUAAGCAAAGAUGAGAUAGCCGACGCUCUUGAGCGGAUCAUUGCUGGACCAGAGAAGAAAAACGCUGUUGUCUCUGAUGAAAAGAAGAAACUAGUUGCCUACCAUGAGGCUGGGCAUGCUUUAGUUGGUGCAUUGAUGCCAGAAUAUGAUCCUGUGGCCAAGAUAUCUAUCAUUCCACGUGGGCAAGCAGGUGGUCUUACUUUCUUUGCUCCAAGUGAAGAGAGGCUUGAGUCUGGCCUCUACAGUAGAAGCUACCUGGAGAAUCAGAUGGCAGUUGCUCUCGGUGGAAGAGUUGCCGAGGAGGUCAUUUUUGGCCAGGAGAAUGUGACAACAGGAGCAUCAAAUGACUUUAUGCAAGUGUCUAGAGUGGCCAGGCAGAUGGUUGAAAGAUUUGGGUUCAGCAAAAAGAUUGGACAAAUUGCAAUUGGCGGGCCUGGAGGAAAUCCCUUCUUGGGUCAGCAGAUGUCAUCCCAGAAAGACUACUCCAUGGCAACUGCUGAUAUUGUAGAUGCAGAGGUGAGGGAGUUGGUAGAGAAAGCCUAUGAACGGGCCACGCAGAUCAUCACUACCCACAUCGAUAUUCUUCACAAACUAGCUCAACUUCUCAUAGAAAAGGAAUCGGUUGAUGGGGAAGAAUUCAUGAGCCUCUUCAUUGAUGGAAAAGCUGAGCUAUACGUCUCCUAAAUUUAGUGAUAUGCAAUUAUUGAGCUAGCUCAAAGUAGUGAAUUCAUGUUUGUAUUAUAAGAAUCAUACACAUGUACACAUCAAUAACCAAUUAAUUAUUUCAUGAAAUUCAAAAAAAAUAUGUUGUGUGAAGUUUGAUGCA